AUGGAAGACCUCAACAUAUCAAACCACGUCUAUGAUCUCUCUCCCCUUGACAUCAUCCCCAGUCACCUUUACAUCACCAAUGUCUUUUUCUACGAGAACAAAAGCCCCGGCCCCGGGCUGUUCAUGCAAUCCUCCCUCCUCAAGGAGUCAUUGUAUCGUGCCCUGCAGAACUUCCCAAUUCUUCUCGGCCAUGUGCGCCGUCACGGCCGCAAUGCAAUGCAGAUUGUUGUUGACCGCGAUAAUCUAAACCUCCCGCUCUACCAAGAGCAGACACACCCGCACCUUCAUUUCCGGCAUCUGAAGGACAACGGGUUCCAUCGUGAUGUGUGGCCCAAAGACGCCAAUGUCGUUGAUCCGCGUGCGUCCCCCAAUGGAGAAUUGAUCCAAGUGCAUGUCCAUCGACUGGCCGAGGAGAGCGGCGUGGUGAUGGUGGUGCGUAUAGCCCAUUGCGCGGUGGACGCCAAGGGGUUUGUGGACUUUUUGCAGUCCUGGGGAUGGUCUGCUAGGAACUACAGUCACCCCGAGGGCGAGAGCAGGCCUCUUCUGCUGAUGGACCGUCGGGUGAUGUACGAGUACCUUCCUGCGGAUGUACAGCCAGCUCCUCCUCGCUCGAUGUGGCAUCCUGCAUCAUGGCUGCUAGGGCUAUUAUCAACGCUAGUGGUCCUCUUCCUCGGACUCUAUAAACGCUUCCUCGGCGACAAAACCCCCGCGGACGAGAUCGAGAGCCAUCUCUUUUCCGUCUCCCGACACACCCUGGACCGUCUGCGCGAUACAGCCACCCGCAUCGACCCGUCCUCUCGCGUUUCUGAUCAUGAUAUCAUCACCGCGCUCUUCACCCUCGCCUUCGCACACACCAAGCACCUGCUCACCCGCCGGACGCAGACCGUCAAGGCCAUCGUCCCCUGCGACUUUCGCCACCGCAUUGGUGUCCCGAGCAACUACACAGGCAGUUGCGCAAUCGGCCUGUACGUCUCCAUCCCGGGGUCCCUCCUCCAAACCCCGCUCACCGCGGAAUCCGUCGCGCGAGCAGCCCUCCUGUCGCGAGCAGUCGUGGAUACAGCCAAUAGAGCCACUAUUCAGACAUUCAUCCGGCGGGCGCUGCGGGCUAUCGCUUUUGUGGGUGACAAGGCAAACAUGCUGUAUGCGAUGAUGGUGUCGCAGGCGUUUUCGAAUCAGUCGAGACUGGGGUUUUACGAGGUGGAUUUUGGAGCUGGGGGACCGGUGAUGGUUGCGCCGAUGGCGUAUUCGAAUACGGUUGCGGUGAUUUGCCCUGCGCCUGGGCCUGGAGGGGAUGGUGUCGGUGUCCGGGUGUUUUUGACGUUGAGGCCGGGAGUGAUGCGGGUGUUGUUGGCGAAGGGGUUUUUGGACGAAUUCACGGACAUGGUAUAUUAG